AUCAGCUCGAAGCGUUUCAUGAUUGUAACAAUGAGAAGAAGUGGAUUGGGUGGGUACUCGUUUUCGUCACACAUGGCCUCUCAGAACAUGACCUAGUGAAGAAAAAUUACAGACUGCCACAAGAACGAGCGAAGCCAAGACCGAAUGCCAUCAAGACUAGCACGUGGUGAGCGGAUCUCAUGUGCUUGCAGCCUGGUCGAGUGGCAAAAGCACAAUGCUCCAGGCAAACAAGGGCAAUGUCAUCUCGAAGUUUCACAAGACAUCCUUGGAGAUACGGAACAUGGAACUCACUUACUAUUUGACGGUUUUUAACCGACUGUCCUCCAUCUCAUCGAUCCUGGCUGGUUUUGCUUCAUCUGCAUUGACCAUGAGCGUGACCACAAGACCUUUGCACGGAUUUCGGAAUGUGUGCUCCACCUUUUUUGGAAAGGUACCUGGAUGGGAGGACUCCCUAUUGGUCAUGGCCUUUCUCAUCUUCACCAGCAGUGCGUUUGGAAUGAACCUUUUGGUGAUUCUCAUCGCUACACUUUGCAACCUUUGGGGUCCUGGGAAGGCCCUACGUGGAGCAGACCAGGCUCAUUUGCAUCAAGCCAUUGAUGUCUUGGAACAAGCGCAGAAGGAAGCAAUGCGUUUCUUCGUCAUUGGGUUGUUUUGCUACUUCAUUUCGACUAUCUUAGUUGUGUGGCUCUUUUUCGACAAGAUGGGGGCACUGAUGACAACGAUAAUCCUGAUCCUCUUCUGCUUCAUGCUCAUUCGCCAAAGCUUGGUGAUUCGCCGAGCAUUUAUUCCCAAUGAAGGCUUUACGAGUGGCCUGAUCCGAGGAAAUCCCGUGCGGAGUUCCGCCAGCGCUUCGAGCACGUGAGUGCUGUGACCAGCAGGUGAGCCCCAAAGAUGGGCUUAAACCUUUCCGGCUGAAAACCAAGCCAGACCUCAUCCAUACCUACACAAUUUGCUGCUUUACUUGUGAGCGGCAGAAUGUCGGG